CCAAAAGUUGCCUCCCUUAUAGAUAAUUUGGCCACUGUUUAAUAAGACAUUAUCAUGAUUAUGCAAUGUUUCCAGAAUAAACUUCAACGAUCGGACGGUAAGAAGUAAAGUACUGGGCCCUCUUUGGAGCAUCCACACAGCCCAAUUUGAUGCAACAGAGUGGCCAUGAGUGAAGAGGCUGGCCCAUCAGCCAGAGAGGAUGCUGAAGCUCUGUCUGCAGCCCAGCGUGCAAGGAUCGAGAGGAACCGUCAGCGGGCUCUGCUCCUACGACAGGCUAGACUACAGUCACAUCCAUAUGCCACUGAUGCUCUUGGGAACCGCGUGAAAGGUCCUCCACGGGAGAUUGACACUGGAGCGGGGUUCUUUAUAGAGGAGGAAGAGGAAAAGAAGGCUCAGAAAAUCAACAUCGUUCACCUGGAGGGUCCAUUUUUGGAGCCUGAUGACCAACUGCUUUGCUCUUCCUGCGGCAAAGAUUUCAUGGACUCCUACUUCCUCACCAAGUUUGACGAGUCCGUCUGUGAUGUCUGCAGACAAAAUGAAGACAAGUUUCCUAUUAUCACACGAACAGAAGCCAAAAAGAAGUACCUUCUCAAAGAUGUUGACUUUGACAGAAGAGAGCCUGAAUUGAAGUUUAUACUGAGGAAAAACCCACACAACCAGAGAUGGGGUGAUAUGAAGCUCUACCUCGAAUGUCAGGUGGAGCGCCGUGCCCUGGAGGUUUGGGGCAGUGAGGAGAAGAUGGAGGAGGCCCGACAACAGCGGUCUGAUAACAAGGAAAAGGCUAAACAGAAAAAGUUUGACAAGAAGGUCAAAGACCUGAGGUUAGCAGUCCGGAGCAGCCUGUUGAAAAAGGAUCGGGGGAAACACGAGCAUGAGUUUGGACAAGAGAAGUACGACGAGGAGGAGGACGAGUACUCCAAAACAUGUACAACAUGCGGAUACACAAUGAAUUAUGAGAAAAUGUGAUAAGCCUGUCAAUAAUAGGUGACAAUGGGAAUUCACAGGGGUGAUAAUUGUGUUGAUCAAGUGCCAAACCAUAAGGUUACUGAAUGUGACUACAGAAGUUGGGAUUACUGAUUGAAACAGAUUACUUUGAUGUGGUAGUGAAGUAAAAUAUUCAUUUGAUCUUCUAGCAAAAGGAACAAACAAGAUUCUGUGUAAACAAGAUUCUGUGUUUGUGUGUGAAAUGUUUGUUGAGAGCAGAUUGAAGAUGUUGUUGAAAUAUGUUUGCUCAAUUUGAUCCUAUUCAGUGAUAAGGAAUAUUAAAUUAGUGUGUUGCAUAUUGAUGAUAAUAAAGAUAUACGGACACUUUGAUUGCUUUCUUAAUCUCAGAAUUAAAUUAGGGAUAGAUUAAGCUUUCAAACUAUUUUUUUAGGAAUCAUAGAUUUACUUCAAUCAGAUUGUAUGAAUUCCUCAUUGGCAUGAUUUAUGUCCUAAGAAUCUGAUUUAUGAGUAUACAGCCUCUAAUUAUGUUAGCAUUAUUAAAUGUCACAAAAAAAUCUCUU